GGCCAGGCUGCAGCACACACACACACACACACACACACACACACACAAAAGCAGGCUGCCGACAGGAGUUGACUGUGUGGAUUUUACUGGACAUCACAUACAGCCAAAUGGAUUUGCUGCCUGAUUUGUGGAGGCAGGACUACUGGCUUCCUCCCGGUGUGACGUGGAAGGACAUGAACCAGCUGUCCGAUUCCGAGCGACCUCUGCCCCGAGACCUCCUGGUAGCGUUGCCCCUGGCUUUGGGCUUUGUGCUCCUGCGUUAUGUGUUUGAGAGGUUCUUUGCCCCACCCUUGGGCGGAUGCUUAGGGGUUAGGAAUAGACUACAAAUGACAGUGGAGCCUUCCCCAAAACUGGAGUCCUUUUACACGCAACAAAGCAGAAGACCGACACAGGGCGAUAUUGUUCAUUUAAUGUUCCUGUGCGGCAAAAGUCAGAGACAAAUUGAGACCUGGUUCCGACGUCGCAGGCAGCAGGACAGGCCGUGUCAAACCAGGAAGUUUGGGGAGGCAGCUUGGAGGUUCUUUUUCUACCUCACCGCCUUCAUUGCUGGCCUGGUUUGCUUGAUUGAUGCACCCUGGUUCUGGGACCUCAGGGAAUGUUGGAGGCAAUAUCCUGUUCAGCCCAUGCAGCGAGUCCAUUACUGGUACUACAUGCUGGAGCUGGGCUUUUACGGCUCCUUGCUGCUCCGCAUCUCUGUCGACAUCAAGAGGAAGGAUUUUAAAGAACAAGUGGUCCACCAUUUGGCCACCAUCUUUCUUCUGAGUUUCUCCUAUUGCGCCAACUACAUCCGUAUUGGCACCUUGGUCAUGCUUCUUCAUGACUCCUCUGACAUCCUACUGGAGUCUGCCAAAAUGUUUAACUACGGCUCUGGGUGGAGGAAAGUAUGCGACACGCUGUUUGUCGUCUUUACUCUUGUCUUCCUUUUGACUCGAUUGGUGAUUUUUCCCAGCAAGAUCAUCCAUACCACCCUUGUGCUGUCCAUGGAGAUCUUCCAACCCUUCGCUGGCUACUACUGUUUUAACAUCCUCCUGAUGGUGCUGCAAGGGCUGCAUGUCUUCUGGGCUGGAUUAAUCUUACGGAUGGUUUAUAAAUUCUUCAAAGGAAAGUUGGAAAAAGAUGAACGCAGCGAUGAAGACAGUGAUGUGGAGCAGGAUAGAGAAGAAGAAGUCCAAGACAGAGAUUAUUACCAGGAGACAAGUAAAGAUAUGAGGAAGUACAAACUACCCCCACUGAGUACCAGUUGUGUCCUCAACAACCUGACCAACCACAGGGCCUCCAUUGCCGACAAAAUGCGUAAAGCUCAGUAAAAACCGUCGUUAUACACGGGUGGUCAUUCAAUGCCUAUGUACUGUAGUUUGUAUCAUGAAAGUACUUCGUAUAUGAUGUAGUGAGAUUUCAUGUUGGAAGUAAAGUCACCUUUUG